AUGUCCAAAUCACCACAUAUUGCUGUGGAUACGGAUGUCUAUCUGUCUGCCGGUUAUGGCAAUGAUUGGCAGUCGGAGACUACAUCUAUAGGUUCCUCGAUCUAUCGUGGCCUGAUAGAAAAUGGCAGACGGAUUCCGUCCGAUGACCUGGCAUUUGAGUCCUACGAAGCUGGGUACGUACGACCGAUCUUUCUAUAUGUUAGUAUCACCCUUAACACUCUCAGGCAUUUGCUCGCUCUUGUUUUAGAUUCGGAGCGAGAGAACCCGCUAUUUAGAGCGCCCGUCGGGAAAAGCCCUGAACAUAUCCUCGACAUUGGGACGGGUAAGGGUAACUGGGCUGUCGAUGUUGCCGACAUGUUCCCAUCUGCAACUGUCCGAGGAGUCGACCUCUUCCCACCUCCCAUUACAUGGAUGCCGCCCAACUGCAUCCUUGAAGUUGAUAACGUCCUAGAAGAAUGGACCUGGAGAGACCCCCUCGACCUAAUCCACAUGCGGAUUAUGACCGGCUCAUUCGAUCCGGCGGGGUGGGAUCACGUCUACACAAGCUCCUUCAAAAACCUACGACCAGGAGGCUGGAUUGAACAACUCGAAGGCAGUACAUCCAUCGAGUGUGACGACGACAGCCUGCCGGCAGACAGUAUCCUGCGAACCUGGGGUCCGACUAUGAACGCGUGCGGUGCGCGGGCCGGGCUCUCUCUAGAUACGAUUGAUACCAUGCAGGACAUGAUGCAAAAGGCUGGAUUUGUGGAUAUCCAGGAGAAGUCAUACAACUGGCCGAUUGGCCCGUGGGCUCGUGAUCAGAAAUAUAAAGAGGCGGGCGUUGUUAAUUUCCAGCAUUGGCUUUCUGGUAUGGAGGGAUGGUGUAUGCGGUUACUUACCCAUUUCGGUGCGCCGCAUCCUUGGUCGAAGGAUGAGGUUACGGUUUAUUUGGCCAAGAUUCGUUCGGAUCUUAAGAAUCCAAAAUAUCAUAUUUAUCAGAGAGCACGACGUGUAUGGGCGCGCAAGCCGUUUCCCGGAGAGAUUACUUCUGAGAUGACUCCGAUCAAGGGCGAGGAGGAGUGA